AAGUUAAUUUAGUACCUAAUAAUUAUCGAAUUCACAAUUCGUCAAUCGUCACUUUGCUCACACAGUCACAGUGAGAGUUUCACACAGAUAUUGGCCGCUUCUUCCAGCUCAUCCACUUCCGACUCUUGCAAAGAAAGACGAAACCUCAGCACUGCUUCAGAGAAAGACUGUUAUCGCCGCCUCAAUAAAUUCCUCAUUACCAGGUAUUGGCCUCUCUUACUAGCUCCAUAAACCCUUAUCUAUCACUCUGAAAUCAAUUCUUCAAAACCCUAGAAUUUAGUGAAGAUAUCACUGUUUUGAUUGCUGAACUGGGUCUCAAAAUCGUAAGGAAAGUUAGAAUCUUCUUCCAUGAAUGCGGUUUUUAGGGUUCGGACUGGUGUGUGGUUUUUUUGUUCUUCCUUUUAAUGGGUAUUUCUAUACCCAAUAUACGGCACGAAUCGUACCAUUUGGCGCUCUCUUUAACUGGGUUUACCAAUUUCUUAGCUUUAUUGGAGGCAAAAAGGUUACAGACAUAAUGGGUAGUUCCCAUUUCUUGAUUGGCAUUCAUAAUGUAUUCUAUAGCAAUAUUUGGUCGAAGGGUUGUUCCGAAAUUUUCUAGUUUUUACGACAUUUCGCGAUCCUUAUGCAGCCGUACCUCUAAUGGGGAUGGCAUUGAUGAUGGGUUCAGAAGCGUUGAAGAAUCCUUGAAUGAGACUUGGAAAAGUUCCGAUAUCGAUUCGAUUUUGUUAGAAAAAUCUCACUCCAACGAGUUCGUUGGUUGUUCAGGAGGGGAAAGUAGUUUUGGUAGCCAUUCGCAGGGUAAUUUCUCCGUGAAACGAAGUUAUUUUGAGAAUGUGAGGAUCGAUGCGGAGAGGGUUCUUGAUAUACUUCAACAAGAUGGUCCUGGGUUUGAUGUGAAAGUGGCUUUACAGGAUUCUCAGAUAAGGGUUUCAAGCCUUCUUGUGAGAAAAGUUCUUAUAGGGAUCUUGAAAACAAUAAAUUACGCAAAUAAAAACCGGUGUGCGAAGUUGGGUUACAAGUUCUUUGUAUGGUCUGGUCAACAAGAGGAUUACAGGCAUACAGCAAACACAUACCAUUUGAUAAUGAAGAUUUUUGCAGAUUCUGAGGAAUUUAAGGCAAUGUGGAGGCUAGUUGAUGAGAUGAUUGAAAAAGGAUUCCCCACCACUGCACGCACAUUUAACAUAUUGAUAUGCACUUGUGGCGAGGCAGGCUUAGCUAGGAAAGUUGUGGAAAGGUUUAUCAAGUCAAAGACGUUUAAUUAUAGGCCAUUCAAGCAUUCAUAUAAUGCAAUUCUACAUUCCCUUCUUUCUGUAAACCAGUACAGGUUGAUUGAGUGGGUGUAUCAGCAAAUGGUAAUUGAGGGAUAUUCCCCUGAUAUUUUUACUUAUAAUAUACUUAUGUGUACAAAGUAUAGGUUAGGGAAGCUGGAUCAGUUCCACAGAUUGCUGGAUGAAAUGGGCAGGAAUGGUUUUUCACCGGAUUUCCAUACAUUCAACAUUCUUCUCCAUGUUCUUGGAAAAGGAGAUAAACCACUUGCAGCACUUAAUCUUUUGAACCACAUGAGGGAAAUUGGUAUUGAUCCGAGUGUUCUUCACUUCACCACAUUAAUAGAUGGUCUUAGUCGGGCUGGUAAUCUGGAUGCCUGCAAGUACUUUUUUGAUGAGAUGAUUAAGAAUGGGUGCAUGCCUGAUGUGGUCUGUUAUACGGUUAUGAUCACAGGAUAUAUUGUGGCAGGGGAGAUUGAAAAGGCUCAGGAACUGUUCAGUGAGAUGGUCAUCAAGGGACAGAUGCCAAAUGUAUUUACUUACAAUUCCAUGAUCCGUGGCCUCUGUAUGGCAAGGAAGUUUGAGGAGGCUUGUUUGAUGCUUACAGAAAUGGAAUCCAGAGGUUGUAAUCCGAAUUUCCUUGUGUAUAGCACACUAGUGAGUAAUCUGCGAAAUGCUGGAAAGCUUUCUGAAGCUCAUGAAGUAAUAAGACAUAUGGUUGAGAAGGGGCAGUACAUCCAUCUCCUCUCGAAGUUCAAGCGAUAUAGGAGAUGCUAAAGUGAUAAAAUUGGUUAUUCAGAUGUAAUAUUAUUGGGUUAGUACAAAUUGAUUCAGCUCAAUAAUGCCUUUUGUCUACUGCUUUUUGCAGAUGUCAUGUAAGUUCUAAUGGUAGUAUUAUUUUGAUAGUAUCUUUACAAUGCUAUGCAUAAUUUAUUUUAUUUUCAUUCA